AUGCCCAGAAGGAAAGGAGAGGUGGCCUCGAGGGCAAAAGCCAACACCGGGGAGCGCCGUGGCCCUGGAGAGGGUGCUGCCGUGGGUGUCACCGAGUCUGCGCCUCAUAAAGAGGAAACGUCCGCCCCAGAUGUCACAGCGGAGGAGGAGGAGGCUGGGCUGGAGACGAGCGUCUUCUGUGACAACACAGCGCUGACAGACCCUCGGGAGAGACCCAGAGAGCGGCCCCUGGGUGACCGAAGGGUGGUCGCUGGCCAGGGCUCUCCACCGCUGGAGGUCUGCAACGACUCUGACUCAAAUUUCUGCAGCCAGAAGACUCACAGGGCGAAGGAGCAAAGAGCAUUCUGGGAGGGCGGGUGGCCAUGUGGCGGAGCCGCAUCGAGCCCAGGCUGGAGCGUUUCAUCGACACCCACUGUCGCCUGGAUGCGCCCUUUGCCAGGCUGUCCUUCCAGGGGACCUUCGCUUGGUUCAGGAAGACCUACAGCCGCUCCUUCGCGAAGGAGUUUCAGGGCUGCACCUCCGACUUCUGCGAUCCUCUCACACUGA